AUGUCUGCACUUAGAAAAGCCGCCGAUUUGAUUGAUGAUGCACCAGAAUACGAACUAACGUUAAUUCGGAAGUUGCUUAACCGCAGAACUAUCGUCCGCAUACAAACAUUAUAUAUAAGAAGAACCGGAACAAUAAUAAGCCAUCUUGCUGAAAGCUCGUCGGCUGAAUUUGGUAACAUCCUCAUUGACGCACAGCUUAAUCAGUAUAAACGUUCGUUUGCAGCGCGCCAACCCGAACUUACCGUUCAGCAAGCAUUAGUCUUUUAUUGGUUGCAAGUCUCCAGGAUGGAACAGCGCCUCACUCAAUUCUUUUAA